AGCGAAACCUUUUCGCAAUAAACCCUAUUUCUUCAAUCUCACGUUCUUGCGAGGUCAUCCUCCGCAAGCCGCAGCGAAACCCUAGACGCCCUCCUGCUUCUCGUCUUCGAAAAUGGCGCCGAAGAAGGAUAAGGCCCCACCGCCAUCAUCAAAGCCGGCCAAGUCCGGUGGAGGAAAGCAAAAGAAGAAGAAGUGGAGCAAGGGGAAGCAGAAGGAGAAGGUGAACAAUGCCGUGCUGUUUGAUCAAGCGAGCUAUGAUAAGAUGCUCACCGAAGUCCCCAAGUUUAAGCAGAUCACUCCGUCGGUUCUCUCCGAGCGGUUGAGGAUCAAUGGUUCUCUUGCACGGAGGGCAAUCAAGGAUUUAAUGGCUAGGGGUGCUAUUAGGAUGGUCGCAGCUCAUGCCAGUCAGCAGAUUUACACUAGGGCAACCAAUACCUAGAGAAUUUCCAAAGUUUUGUUUGCUUUGGUGUUCCAUUUUGCUCUUCUGAGGAAAUUACUGGUAAUGCUUUGUUUAUGGACAACACCAUUUUAUGAAGCAAUCUGUGCUGUUUAUUAGAAAAGCUUACUUUGAACUCUAUUUCCGUUUGGAUUUUUACAUAAUGUCAGUUAUGUGGUAAGAACCAAUUUUCAAAUGGAUUGUGGCUUCAAAUCAUGUUUGUGACUGAUAUAUUGAAUUGUUUUAUUUUAGAGUGGA